AUGACCGACGGCAUCCCGAAAUUAUAUCCGGGGGAACAGCUUGACAAUGCCGCUGGCUUUCCAGUUCUGUUCAACUACUUCCCUGCUGAUCCGAAAAAGGCCCUCGUCGUCUUCAUCCCGGGCGGCGGCCACAAUGCACGGAUUUCCUACGGCGGACACCAAGGAUCAGACGAAAAGAACUUUUUGGCACAUUGGAUGAACCAGCACGGACACGGGUUUCUUGCUGUUUCAUAUCCGCUUGAAAGCUCACCUCCUAUUAUGCCGGCUACAGCACCGCAGUUUCGAAUUCGAGACUGGGGCAAACAGGCCGCAGAAGUGACACACCGGGUGGUGAAGCAGUAUGGGUUGUCUGGACGAGUGGUCCUCAUAGGUUGGAGCAUGGGUGGGAGAAUUGUUGUUCCUUAUAGUGUUGCUGUACGGUCUCUAGGACUACACGUCGACUUGUAUGUGGGACUCGCCGCAACACCUGGUUUGCACGGAAUGCGGCCACCACCACCGGGAAUCAAGAGCUCUGAAUCGGGUUACGGGGCAUUUACCAACAUGAGCAACCUUUUCCUAGCGCAAAUCCAUGAACAGCAGGCCAUGCUAAAUGGUGGCCGUACCAUUGUCCCAGAUGAUGUGUAUGUGCGGGAGUAUUUUGGAUAUACCCCGGUCAGUCUUGCAGGAUGGAAUUUACGAUAUGACCCGGCUGGUCAUGGUCAAGCCUUUGUUGAAGAAUUUUGGACGUCCACCAAAGAUGCAGCAACAGACCAGGCAGAGCACCUGCCCAUGAUUGCUUCUCUCACUGGCAACAGUAUUCUGGAUACUCGCCAUGUCAUCAUGGACCAAGCAACAUGGACAUUUAUGCUCACACAGAGGUUCACACGGAUAAUAGAAACGAGAAACCCAAAGAGUGGGUUGACACAGGCGCGAUUCGAGAAACUGGCAGACAUGGUGCAUUCCCCGCCGCGACAAUUAUCCAGGACUAUACCUGGGAAUCAUUAUUUCUUCCUUGGGGAACGUGGAGCCCGCCAAACGUCCGAUGCUAUCGUUGAGCUAUUAGCGACGGCCAUUGAGUUUGAAAGUCAAUUUCAAGAGAUUUUGAGCGGAUAG